AUGGGUCACCUCAUUCCAAUGCUUGAGCUUGGAGAAUGUUUGGUUUCUCGUCAUGGCUUCAAUGUCACCAUCUUCUUUGCGACUGUGACUUCAUCAACCACACAUUCCCAGAUAAUCCAGCAAACUAUAAACCCUAAAAGCAAUGCUUUAAACGUCGUCGUACUCCCACCUAUAGAUGUCUCUAGCAAACUCGGUGCACUGAACUCAGAGUUGUUAGCUCAUAUCAUGUUCAUAAUGGAGGAGUCACUCCCAUUUCUUCGUUCUUCUAUUCUAUCAAUGAAAGUUCGUCCCACAGCGCUUAUCGUUGAUACGUUCGGCACAAAUGCUCUUGCCAUGGCACGUGACUUCAACAUGUUGAGGUAUGUGUUUUUCACUUGCAGUGCAUGGACUCUUGCUCUUUGUGUAUAUCUUCCAACCAUCGACAAUGAAUUGUUAAGCCGGCAUGUUAAACACCAUGAACCGCUCCCCAUUCCGGGUUGUAAACCGGUUCGGUUUGAGGACACCAUGGGAUCUUUAAUAUUGGUUAAAGAUGAUGAACCGAUGAUGGUGCAUCAGAUGCUCGUAAAAAUGGCAAUGAACAUAGGCGACGCUGAUGGGAUUCUGGUGAAUACAUGGCAAGACCUUGAGCCCAUGGCACUUGAAUCUUUAUUAAGAGUAGGGAUUAUUAGGGGAAGGAUUUAUCCGGUUGGACCGCUAGUGAGAGGCUUCAAUAAUCCAAGCCGGACAAAGAAGGAGCAUCAAGUUUUGAGUUGGCUCGACCAGCAACCAGCUGGGUCGGUUAUUUUUGCGUCGUUUGGGAGUGGUGGGACCAUGUCAGAAGCACAAAUGGAAGAAAUAGCUUUUGGUUUAGAGUUAAGUGAACAGAGAUUCAUUUGGGUGGUUCGUUCACCAUGUAAAGAAGAGAAUGACACAGUGACUCAUGGUUCGUACUUCGACGUUGAGAAUGAAAAGAACAUGGAUGGCUCGCUAGAGAAAUUCAUGAGUAGGACCUACAAGCUGGGACAUGUGGUCCCCAUGUGGGCCCCCCAAGCAGAGAUUCUAGAACAUUCUUCAGUCGGGGCAUUCAUGACACACUGUGGAUGGAACUCGACUCUUGAGGCGAUCACAAAUGGCGUGCUAAUGAUAGCAUGGCCAUUGUAUGCAGAGCAGAAGAUGAAUGCAGCGACAUUGACAGAAGAGCUAGGCGUGGCAAUAAGGGUGAAGGGUGAGAAUAAAGGAGACGUAGUGGGGAGGAAGGAAAUACAGAGACUGAUAAGAAGAGUGAUGGUGGAAGAAGAAGGUUCGUGCAUGAAAGACAAGGUUAAAGAACUUGAACGUAGUGCAAAAAUGGCUCUAUCAGAAGCUGGAUCAUCUUUCGACUCUCUUCAUCAAUUGGCCUGCCAUUGCAAGGCUCAUAUGUGA